GUUAAGUUCUUCAUACACAUUGUGCAUUUCUACAGAUGAGAAACCUGAAGCUUAGAAAAGAUGAAUUGGUGUGACCAAGGUCACAGAGUUAGGUCUGAUUUUGGUAACCUUGCUCGGAAUGUCUUUGUGUUACACCUGCUAAGAUGCUGCUGUAGAGAAAUGGGGCAGUCACUCUGAGACCUCCUGGGACCCUCUCUUCAUGUCUUCUAGCUCCUUAUGAUGGCCUCUCAGACUGAGGGCUUCACUGCACUCAAUGCCCAGGAAGGAGCCAAGAAUAGGUGGCGCUGCUAACAUUCUCUGCUGCGGCAAACAAGUGGAAUUCACACACACUCUUAUAAGGUUCCAGCGACAGUUGCAAAUGACCUAACCUGGAGCAUAGAAAAUUCUGAAGAUACCAAAGCUACACACAAGGAACACAUCAUUUAGCACCUUCACUUUUUGAUCCCUACACCAGACAAUGAGAAGUCACGCCGUAACAAUGCCAACCACUUCGGCCUACAGCUGGCCUUGGUCCUCUCAGGGAGUGAACUUUACAGCUAAUCACAGCAUCUCAACGCCACACACCAUGUCAGGAACAGCAGAUACUGACUGUGUCAUGGAUGAGAAACUGCUCUCUAGCGUGUUAACAGUAUCCUUCUCUGUUAUUUUCAUCGUGGGACUGGUUGGAAACAUAAUCGCCCUCUAUGUAUUUCUGGGUAUCCACCGCAAGAGAAACUCCAUUCAGAUUUACCUACUGAAUGUAGCCAUUGCAGAUCUCUUACUGAUCUUCUGCCUGCCUUUCCGCAUAAUGUAUCACAUUAACCAGAACAAGUGGACACUCAAUAUGAUCCUUUGCAGGGCUGUGGGAACACUAUUUUAUAUGAACAUGUACAUUAGCAUUAUUUUGCUUGGAUUCAUCAGUUUGGAUCGCUAUAUAAAAAUCAAUCGGUCUAUACAACAACGGAAGGCAGUAACAACCAAACAAAGUAUUUAUGUUUGCUGUAUAGUAUGGACAGUUGCUCUUGCUGGAUUUCUAGCUAUGAUUAUAUUAGCCCCUAAGAAAGAAGGCCAUGAUUCCAAUAAUUCCACAAUGUGCUUCCAUUAUAGAGAGAGGACGAAUGCCAAGGGAGAAGCAAUUUUUAACCUCAUUCUUGUGGUAAUGUUCUGGCUAAUUUUCUUACUAAUAAUCCUUUCAUAUAUUAAGAUCGGCAAGAAUCUACUGAGGAUUUCUAAAAGGAGGUCCAAAUUUCCCAACUCUGGUAAAUAUGCCACCACAGCUCGGAAUUCCUUUAUUGUACUCAUCAUUUUUACUAUAUGUUUUGUUCCGUAUCAUGCCUUCCGAUUUGUCUAUAUUUUUUCACAGCUAAACAAGCCACCUUGCUAUUGGAAGGAAAUCGUUCACAAAACCAACGAGAUCAUGCUGGUCUUCUCGUCUUUCAAUAGUUGCUUAGACCCAGUCAUGUAUUUCCUCAUGUCCAGUAACAUCCGCAAAAUAAUGUGCCAGCUUCUUUCUAGACACUUUCAAGGGGAAGCGAGCAGAAGUGAAAGCACGUCAGAAUUUAAACCAGGGUACUCCCUGCAUGAUACAUCUGCUGCAGCUAAAAUUCAGUCUCCUUCUUAAAUCACUUGAAGUAAACACAUUAAAAAGAAUGAGAAAAUACAACAUCUUAAUACUUUGAAGAACUAAAACCUAUGAAACAAAGCUCUAGCAUUUGUAAAGCUCAGAUCUGCUCAAAGCUUGUUGCAUAUUUGUGAUAUUUCAUUUGCUUAGUUGUAAAAUAUUUUAAGGGCAAGAGAAGCUUAUACUCAUCACUAGAUUUUAAAUCUGUAUGUAAAAUCUUUUCAAAACAUGUUGUUAACACUCUUAACAUAGAUUAUAGAGUUAAGUGAAAUUUAUAGUUUUAACAACAGAAUAAUUAAAAUAUCAUACUUUCUCAAGUCACUAAAGUAGUUACUCAAAAUUAAGCACUUAAUAUUAGAGUGUGUUUCAAAGGUAAAUGAUUUGGAGACACGUGGAAGGCUCAGUCGGUUAAACGUCUGGUCACGAUUUAUUUUGAGAGAGAGACAGAGUGCACAAG